AUGGGGGAAUUAUCAUCGUCAUGUUUAGGACAAAUUCGCGCUGUGCUGUUUGAUAUGGAUGGCCUCCUGAUUGACAGUGAGCGCAUCUAUACAGAAGUAGUAAACGAAAUCCUUAAACCGUUUGGUAGGCAACAAACAUGGGACAUAAAGGCAAAGCUCAUGGGUAAGCCGGAACGAGAUGCGACACUCGUACUAUUGUCCAGUCUAUGGCCUCCCAACCAAGAAGACCCAGAAGACGUGAAACGUGGCUUCGGGUCCGACUGUCCAUUUGCCAUUGAUGAGUUCCUUAGGAAGCGAAACGAACUUCUGUUACCAGCCUUCCGCAACGUCCAACCGAUGCCUGGAGCUGUACGCUUGAUCCAGCAUCUUUCAAAGCACAACAUUCCAAUUUGUGUUGCUACUGGCAGUCGUCGGCAUAAUUUUGAAAUCAAAUCCGGUGCGAAUCCCAAUUUAUUUGAACCAUUUAACAAUCGAGUCGUGUGUGGUGAUGAUGAAAUGAUCGGACGCGGGAAGCCAUAUCCCGAUAUAUUUUUAAAUGCUGUUAAGCAUGGGCUCGGAUGGCAAUUCUCUGAUGAGGGUCGCGCUAUCUUGGAAAAGAUCCGCGACCCUGGAGCUGAAUUUGAUGGGAAGCUUGGUGGUGUAGAAGGCGAAAUUCUUGUAUUUGAAGAUGCAUUAGUACGUGAAUGCAAUGGCAAAUUGACCCUCUCUUUCGCCCGUCACCAUACUAACCAUGAUCACUCAGCCCGGGGUCCAAGCUGGUCUCUCGGCUGGCAUGAAGGCUGCGAGCCGUGGCGGAUCAAGGCCCGCCCAUAG